AGCCACUCCCUGGACACAUUCCCAUGUCAACAAUUCAUUACAUCCAGCCAGACCCUAGACCCUACAUUCUCUUGGAUCUGUUAGGAACACUUGUACUUGGGUCUGUUAUUUCUUCACUGUCUUUCUUCUCUGCUCAGGAGCAGUGGGUUUUAGAAGGAGCUGACAGAAGGACUGCUACGAUGGCUGAUGGCAUGGGAACCACCUGUGUUAUGGUCUUUCUCAUCCUGGGGAAUAUAUUUGGAGCUGCAGCAGGUCUUGCCCUUUGCGCUCUGGCCAUCUGGGUUGCAGUAGAUCAAUACAAGCUCUACCCUAUAGCUGGUGUGUCGGGGAAAGAUGACAUCUUUGCAGCGGCCUGGAUUGCCAUUUUCACAGGCUUUGCCUUCUUCUGCAUGUGUGUCUUUGGUAUCUUGGCUGCUGCGAAGAAGAGCCGUGCCUUAAUGCUAACAUAUCUGAUCCUGAUGUUGAUCAUCUACAUAUUUGAGUGUGCCUCGUGUAUCACUGCAGUCACCCACAGAGACUAUCUGGUUGGAAACAGUAAUCUGGUGAAGAAGCAGAUGCUGAAGUACUAUACAGCCGACGGUGACUCUGGCAGUCGGAUCACACUGACAUGGAACAAAGUGAUGAAUGAGGUGGAGUGUUGUGGAACGGAUGGCCCAGUGGACUGGAUACAGUACAACUCCACCUUCAGGGAGAAGUUUGGUACAGACUACCCCUGGCCCAUCCACUGCUGCAAGAGGAAGAACAACUACGAGGUGGUGAAUGUGGAGGCCUGCAAGAACGGCCAGGACACCACCAUGUUCACUAAGGGCUGCUUCAACCACAUUGAGUCUGUGUUCAGUCUAUAUACAUGGGCUAUCAGCUGGUAUGGUUUCGCUGUGCUAAUGUUUAUGUUCUGGCUGUUGAUCCUGGCCAUGGUGUACUACCUGAUGCUAUGAGAAGUCUGGCCAUGGUGUACUACCUGAUGCUAUGAGAAGUCUGGCCAUGGUGUACUACCUGAUGCUAUGAGAAGUCUGGAGGUGAUGUCUCUAACCCAUGUUUUUGACUUUCUGCUGAAGCCACACCAACCCUCACUUCAGCAACUACAGUGCCUUGCAAAAGUAUUCAUCCCCCUUGGCGUUUUUCCUAUUUUGUUGCAUUACAACCUGUAAUUUAAAUUGAUUUUUAUUUGGAUUUCAUGUAAUGGACAUACACAAAAUAGUCCAAAUUGGUGAAGUAAAACGUAUUUGUCUUCUAAACAAGUUAAAAUGGUCUAAUUAUCUAGGGACAGACCCGUGAAACUCCAGAAUGUUGGAUUGCAUUAUGAAAAAAAUUACUUGUUUCAAAAAAUGUAAAAAAUUUUAGAACGGAAAAGUGGUGUGUGCAUAUGUAUUCACCCCCUUUGCUAUGAAGCCCCUAAAUAAGAUCUGGUGCAACCAAUUACCUUCAGAAGUCACAUAAUUAGUUAAAUAAAGUCCACCUAUGUGCAAUCUAAGUGUCACAUGAUCUGUCACAUGAUCUCAGUAUAUAUACAUCUGUUCUGAAAGGCCCCAGAGUCUGCAACACCACU